UCGCCACAAAUAUCCAUAUUGUUGCUCUGAGUCUAUCCUCGGCUGUGAAGGCCUCAUAUCGGUGGAGCCUAAUUUAAACCUGUAUCCUCCAGACCACAACAGGUGCCUCCUCCUCCCCUCCUCCUCCCUUUAGGCUCCACCUGUCUUCCCUUCUCCGCGGCGGCCUGGCGACCCAGAAAGCAGCCGUCAUUCAUUAGCAAUGGUAUGCCGAUGGGCCGGACGCACGGCGCAAACCCCCUCGGUCACCGGAUCGGAGGCAGCUGCUCGGCCCCCCGGUGCUAUUUUCACCCUGAAGGAUAAAGUGAUGUGCAGGAGCCGCACGCACGGCCCCAGCAGCCCUAGCAGCUCCAGUCAGCUCCUGCAGCUCCAGUCAGCUCCAGCAGCUCCAGCAGCUCCAGUCAGCUCCAGUCAACUCCAGCAGCUCCAGUCAGCUCCAGCAACUCCAGCAGCUCCAGUAGCUCCAGUCCUCCCCCAGCAGCUCCAGUCAGCUCCAGCAGCUCCAGUCAGACCAGAGCAGAGCCAGGAUGAAGUCCACUGCAGGCACCGACGGCUUCACCUCUGACCUGGACGACCUGGACAGCGGCAGCGACAGCUCGGACGGCGGCUGCAGCCCCCGCAGAGAGCCGGGGGAGGUGGCUGAGGAGGAGGCCGGAGGAGGCUCCCGGAGAGGCAGACGGAGGAGAAGGCGGAGACGCAGCAGCGGUGGAGACGCGUGCGUCGCCGGUGUGAGCAAACAGAGGCAGGCGGCCAAUGCAAGGGAGAGGGACAGGACUCACAGCGUGAACACGGCCUUCACGGCACUCCGCACGCUUAUCCCCACCGAGCCCGCCGACAGGAAGCUCUCCAAGAUAGAGACGCUGCGCCUGGCCUCCAGCUACAUCUCCCACCUGGCCAACGUGCUGCUGCUGGGGGAGGACUGCCGGGACGGACAGCCAUGCCUCGGUUACCAGAGCAUCCUGCACGGCACCACGGUGCACAGCGCGCCCUCACUGAGGCCCAUCUGCACCUUCUGCCUCAGCAACCAGAGGAAACUGCUCAGAGAUGGAGGGAAGCACUCAGCUGCUGUGUGAAGCCACGCGGCUCCGGACAGACGGGGAGUCCACCUUGAUGUUGUUUACAUGUAGACAUACACCUGUAGGACUUUGUACAUAAUAUAAAUAUAUUUAUUUUUUGGAUUAGACUAGAGAAACAAAUUAACACUGAAAAGCACUUUCUGUUCACGUUGGUGAGCUUCUGAACCUCGGUGUUUUGGUUGAGCUGUAACCUGAGCCGAUGUGUAAAGUUGCACCUGACGGGGGGGCUAUUUUAGUCCCACGAAUAGUAUAAACUACCCCACCACCGCCACCCCAUGCCCAACUCCUUAAAAAAAGCCUCGUCGCCUUCAGUCACAUGUAGGAAACUGAAGAGCAGCUACUGCAGCGGUUGCUGUCAGUUGAGCGGCGUUAACGCUGCUGUCAGAAAUAUCACAAUUAUUCAGAGGCACUUUAAAGGAUCGUUAACUUUUCUACCAUCUCUACCGUACCCUGCAACAAGGGAUAGCACUAUUUGUUUUUACCUAAAGCACUACCAUAAAUAUGUGCUUCUGAUAAAUAUGUUGCUCGAUUAUCGCAAAAAAAACUUAAUCACGAUUAUUUUUGGUCAAUAUUGAGAUCACGAUUAUUGAACACGAUUACUCAUUGACUUGCAUUUAACGUGCAUUUAUUGAACUUAAAAAAGUGGAUUUCCUUGAACUUUAAAUAUAUAAUUUAACAAAAAAACAAAACAAUUAUCUUGCUUCAUAAGCGUCGGAAGGAAAAAAAAUGAAAAUAAAGUUUGAUUAAUGGCCCAGCCCUCAUAUCCGUUACAUCUAAUCUUUUAUUUUUUGGUGCAUUAAAGGGUUACCUUUAAAGCUGGGUGAAUUUUAGAUGCACGAUUGCAUACAAAGCUAAUGGAAAGACACGAUUUAGGUGUACAAAUUGACACAAAGCCAAAAAAGUGUGCACAUCCCGAGGCUUUAUGAAUCUACUAACGUACAGAGACGAGAGGAAAAAGAAUGGCACAUGUCCACAGGAUCUGUCAUUUCCACGCUUCCCAUUCAUUGUCUAUGUAAGGAGCUGUGCAAUGCAUUCUGGUAUCGCCGCGGUGCGAUUUGAGAGACAGGGCGUCACAUUGGAUGCUCCUCAUUUGCAUAAAUUUGAGGUCUAGCCUACUUUAUGCAAAUCAGGGGAAUCCAGCGUGACUCGCUGCCUCUGGAAACGUUUAAACUAAAGACUCGGUUAUACUCCCAAACGGAGGCGUACACGGACAUCUGCGGACACCUCGCGUCCAAAAAAACGCCCCGUGUCGACAUCGUUCACCUAUUUUAAUGCCCGUUGUUUUACCAUAAGUGGAGUAAAUUUGGGGGUUUCACGGUGCUUUGCCUGCUUUGACAAUAGGAGGGAAAACGCGUCACGUUAGUUUGGAUAAACUCAGGGGGAGAUUUCAGGUAGCUUUAUGUAAGAGUGGUGCCCUGGUUGGUUUCUAUUUGUUGGUAAGUUUGGGGUCAUUUGAUUGGUUCAUAAUGAAUUAUUCGAGUCCUAAUUGUUGCCGCCUUAAUGCACAAGUGGAAAUCAGACAUUUCAAAACUGGGUACUGAUGGAAGUUUUAGGCACCUCAAAAGCUCAAAGCUUUUCACAAAAUUAAGAUUUGUUCCUGAUGUGAAGAUCCAAUUGGAAAAUGAUCAAACUGAAUGGGAGACUACUUUAACCCUUUCUCUCUCAGCCUUAAGUGGUUGAUAAACAUAUAUUUGCAGUGUGAUGAAAUGUUUACUUUUGCAUUGUUGCACAAUCUCUGUAUCACUUUAAAAACGCAAAACUGUGACGUUUUGCGUGCACAUGGCAUGCAAAGUGCAUCCUUUUGCACUAAUCUGGAGAAUAUAUAAAUGUAAUCCUUUUACAAUCAACUGGAUCCCUUGAUAUUUAUUAUACAGCACAUAUGGAUGAAAACGUUGCACACUACCUCAGUUUUAAAUAUGAAGGCCUACCUCUAAAUCUAAUGUGUAACAUGACUGUAUAAAAAUGUACUUGAAUACCUGACAACUGUGUCCUUUGCACAUCGCAAAUACUGGAGAAGCUGCUUGAAGAUAAAUGUAUUUUUGUACAAUACAAAUAAAAAUGAGAAUAAUAUCAA